CACACCUUUCCCCCAAAGACCAUAAUGUCAAUCUACAUCUUCUCUCCUUUUAUAGCUCCUCUCCAUAGAAGCAACAUUUUGUGUGGCUUUCUGUUUGACUGUGAUUCCUUUCUGGAGGAGGACAUCAGCCGGGAUAAUGCUGCCACCAAUUAAGUUGGUCAUGACAGAUGGCCACUUGUAUUGAGUCAGGUUCUGGUACUGCUAGAGGUUUCUUCCUGUUAAAAGGGAGUUUUUCCUCCCCACUGUUGCUACAUUCAUACUCUGUAUGAGGGAUUGCUGUAAAGUUAACAACACAAUGCAAGCAGUUGUCACAACAGGAGGAAUUAAUUCUGCAAGUCAUGAUGCAAUCUGCUGGAUUUUCUUGGAUACAAACUUUUUAAACCACUUGUGCCUUGAGACAAUAUUUCUUGUGAAUUGGUGCCUUGAUUAGUGUUCAGCUCAGGCAAACAGUCCAUGAUACUUGUGAUUAUGAGUUGGUAGAGAGCAGCUUCUCUCCUUUCUCAUGUUUUCAAUUGGUUUCUUUCUCUUCCACUUUUUUGCUCGAGUUUCAUACUGCCACAUGUGGCACUUGUAGAAGUGACUUCCGAACCACUUUCUAUCCUCACUUUGCCUAAACCUUGUAAAAUAUAAUUUUGUCAAUAUCUUUGGAAAACUAGAAAAUGUCCUUUUUUAGAUCUUGAUUUAAGGGUACAGAAUAGUUGUUUAAAUUCAAUCAAUACCAUCUAUGUACACAGGGGGGCAGUAGAUAAAAUGCGGAAAUAGUUAUCCAGAAAACUAGAUCGUAAUUUCCGCUUAUGUUGUUAUGUUGGCGGGAAACACUGGCUGUCAGCAGUUUUGAGAAGAGACCGACUACGUCCUCUAUGUCGCGGGUUCUGAACGGAAUUGUGGCGGUGUGCCCCAACCUGGGCAUUGGGAAGGAUGGGAAGCUGCCCUGGCAUCCUAUUCGUCUCAGCAACGAAUUCUCUCAUUUCCGAAAGAUGACAGCCACACCGUCAGUAGCAGGCAGGAAGAAUGUGGUGAUCAUGGGCAGGAAGACCUGGUUCUCAAUCCCAGAGAAGAACAGGCCACUGAAAGACAGGAUCAACAUCGUCCUCAGCAGGGAGUACAAGGUGCCACCUGCAGGAGCACACUACCUGGCAUCAGACUUCAGCUCAGCUCUAACAUUAGUUGACACAGAACUGGCAGAAGAAGCUGACCAGGUCUGGGUUAUAGGAGGAAGCUCUCUAUACAAGGAGUUGAUGGAAAGCCCGGGAGCCAGGAGGCUGUUUGUCACACAAGUCCUGCAGCAGUUUGACUGUGACACUUUCCUUCCUGAAAUCGUCCCAGAAAAAUAUCAACUGCUGCCAGAGUUCCCAGGAGUCCCAAAAGAACUUCAGGAGGAGAAUGGAAUCCAAUACAGAUUUGAAGUGUAUGAAAAUAUUUAACAAAUGACGUUGUAUGAAGAAAUAAGAUUAUGAGACAAUGCACUGUAAAUGUUGAUGCAUAAUUUUGUUUUACUGUUUUAUUUCACUAUAAAUGUGGUGACAGUUGGUAGCAGAGAGUCUGUCCUGGCUCCUGUAGGUUAAACAAAGAGUGUACGAUCAUUGUUAUGAUCAAUCUGAUCAGCAUCUCUUGGGAAUGUGGGAGGAGAUGGGAGCAUUUCAUCAAAGCUUCCAUUUUCCUGCUCAGUGUUGUUGUAUGUUGAUUGACCGAGAUAAAUAAGUGUAAUUAUUAUUGUACUGAAGCUUCUCUAUUAAAAACAAAUGCAUAUAUGAGCUUCUCUCACUUAUAUAACUUAGACAAACUAAUUGACCAAGCUGAAACAUAUCAAAGUUAGAAAUGUUUAAUUUUAAAUAAAAUGCAAAUCUUUUGAAUCAUU